GUCGAGUGCAGAGAUUUUGCAGCAGUGUGAGAAAUUAUUUCUUCUUGCCGUAAACAAAGAAAGACAGUAUGUGGAAGUCAUAAAAGAUAUUUAUUAGACAGCAUUACAGCCAACUAAUAAGUCCUUUAGGGAACAUUUCAUAAUAGUGAGAUAUGUGGGAUUUGUGACACGUGCAUUCAAGAGACAUUCAAACUUUGAGAGGUGAAGGUGAUGACGUGCCUCGUGCAUUGUGUGAUCAUCCUCGCCAGACAUUUCCGCACACUUAAAAUUUCUUCCUCUGAGAGUCUCUGCCAAACCAUUACUACUGCCUGUAUACUGGUAACACACUGAGGUUUCAGCUGCAAGAUAAAUGUUCGCUUUUUCAGUAGACUGUUGAAUAAACUGGGGAGAAAGGAAGAGCAUGAGUGUCAGUGAGCAGGACCUGUGGCACCCAGCCUGCUAACCUAACACCCACUGUUAAUUUUUCAUGUGCACAGGAUAAUAGUGGGUGUGGGCGGUGGUGGAAUAAGUGCUCCAAUGUCAAAAACUCUCCAUUGCAAGUAGAAGUCUUGCAGUUAAAAUUUUACUGAAGUAAAAGCACAUUAAUGCAAUCAAACUAUAAUUAGUAUUUUAAUAAAAAAAAAUUACUCACUAAGCGGCAGAAUAACCCCGCCAGUGUUACAUAUUUAUAUAUUAUUCACACUAUAUUAACAUGUAAGCAUCGUUUUAAUGUUGGGCUAAUUCUAAGUACUUAAUACACUGUUGGGAAUUUGAAUGUUUAACAAUAAUGGAUGGACAACUGAACAGGCCUAAGUGUACCAACCCACAGGCCCAAUAUGUCAGAGAUCCCAAGACCUUUACCUGCAAAUGUCCCUCACUUUAACACAGACCACUUGAAAUGACCACAAGAGAUGCAAAGGAACUGCAAAGAUGCAAAAAUAACCACAAAAAAAGACACAUUACAUCAAAGUAAAUGGUAAAUGGACUGCGCUUGUAUAGUGCUUUUCUAGUCUUCCGACCACUCAAAGCGCUUUUACACCACAUGUCACAUUCACACACAAAUUCACACACUGGUGGCCGAGGUUACCAUACGUGGUGCCACCUGCUACUCAGUAACCAUUCACACACUCACACACUGAUGGAACAGCCAUCGGGAGCAAUUUGGGGUUCAGUAUCUUGCCCAAGGAUACUUUGACAUGCCGGCUAGAGGAGCUGGAGAUUGAACCGCCAAUCUUUCGAUUAGUGGACGACCCCCUGCUAUACCUCUGAGCCACAGUCGCCCCAAAGAGACACAAAGUAACCUCAGAGAGACACAAAACAACCAAAAAAAAAAAAAAGAUGCACAACAACAGUCUGUGUGUCUUGUCCCUAUGUAUGAGAGGUGGUGGGGCCUUUUGCAUGUCUGUGCCCAGGGGCCCAUAAUAUAUCAUAUUUCAUUAAAGUUGACUUUAAGCAUCAAUAUUUCCCUCUGAAUUACAGCAAAGUAGAAGUAUAAGUAAAGCACAAGUACCUCAAAACUGACCUCAAGUACAGAACUAUUUUUGAACUAUUAUUAUUUUGUUUUUUUCCCUAUUGGUUGUAGAUUACAUCUCUUUAUGUUUAAGUAUUUAUCGCUGAGACAGAACUGGGACAAAGUGAAGUAUGUGAUUGAAGUUGUUUUGUUGUUAUUUUUAAUACAGGUAGAUAAUAUACACAUAACACACAACAAUAUUAUGACAAUAUAACUUCACAAAAGAGAAGAAAAAAUGACACAAAAAAGCAAAUAAGACAAAAUAAAUAAUAAGACCCCUUCAGUUAUUUGAAUAAUUAGUCUGACAGUACAUUUUGUAGCCUCUACAACUACUGUAUUCAACAUUUAUUUCUCAAUGAAGGAUCCCAGAAAAACUAAGUGGAGUUACAAACACUCGAUAAGUGGUGACUCUUAGUACCUCUGACAUCGUACAUUUUCAUUUCAUAGUAUUAACAAAUGUCUUCUUGUUAUCUCUUGCCAUUGACUUUUUAUAGUAUGGUUGUUCAGUUAGGGAAGGAGAGCCACAGAGCACAUACAGUGUACACCAAGUCAAAUAAAUUUGCAUGAUAACCAGCUGCAAUGGAAAUGCUGCCAUUCAAACCAGUUACAGUCAGGUGUUACUGAGUGUUUGGCUCAGACAUUAAUGACAGGACGAGGUAGUGACAGUUGUGGUGAGUUUAGAAGGUGAAAACAAGAGUCUGGUGAUGGCAUCGAGUCUGACUCCUGGGAUUCACGCCAUGAGUGAUCUGCUGACCAUCCGUGAGAAAGGUGUCCUCUUCACUCUGCUCGAACCUCAGUGCAUGCUGAUCAAAUCUACAGUAGCACAGGUUCUAGUGGCCACAGAGACGGAGGGUGAGCGUCCAGGCUGGAGUUGUUUGGGUUGUGGCGCAGUGUGUCUAAUUGAGGACACGUUCAUUCACAGCCACUUCCUGCGUCUGUACUGUGUCAAGCGUGCCAAAUUACUGUGGGAGCAGGAGCUCUAUGUCCCAUUCCAGUACGCUGCAACUCGCACGUUCUUCCACACCUUCCCUGCAGACGGCCACCAAGUUGGCCUCAACUUUGCAAACGAGGCCGAGGCAGGGGAAUUUCUUCUGGCAGUGGAGGCUGUCCAGAGAAAUCAAGAAAAGACGACCAUGAUGACUGAAAUAGCAGUGACUGAAAACAAAUCAACAAGUGAUCCACCUGAUUCAGGAACUGAGCCACUAGAGCAGUUGGACGAGGAGCCACAUUCCCCCGUGGACGAACCAUCCAUAGCAGUUACUGCACCCUCCAGUUCAAACUUUAAGGAUCUGGAUCCCGCAAUGAGGAGGCUAUUGAUUCGGGCAAGACUCACUGAGGAAGACCUGAAAGACAAAGAUGUAGCCGAAGCUGUCGACUGCAUCAUCAACCGAUUUGGAGGACUAAAGGCUGUACAGAGAGAGCUGAGGAACAGAGGUCCAGUGUCUCAGACAUUGCCGAGAGCUACAGGAGCAUCCAUCUCCCUCGCGCUGAAGAAAGGGCCCUUGCCACCGGUUCCUUCCAUCAAAGGCGGCACCACCUCCCAGCAGACACCACAGUGCACAGACACACAAAACCAAAGCCAGAUUUCCUCUUGGAUUCCUCCUCCUCCAUCUACUCCUGCUCCAGGUCUCCCAGAGCGGCUCAGAAAGAGUGCGAGUUUCAAACAUGUGGGCUCCCCAGCAGCUACAGGAAGAGGUGACCCCAUCCUGACUGCACUGACAGAACUGUUCAGACAGAAGCAGCUGCUUCAGGGAGGCACAAGUGCAGAUGGGCGUCAAUUGAAGCCAGACACUAAGAGUGACGAGCAGUUUUAAAGUAAUUUUGGUUUUAACUGUGCUGUGUAUGAUAUACUCACAUAUCGAUGACUGUGUUCAUACUGUCACCAAGGACACUUCUCUUUAUGUCACUGUGUGUGCGUAAAUCUUUAUUUACUCAAUUACGACCUUAUUUAUAGUAGCCCGAGAAACAGACAAAAAGUAUAUGCAGCUCACCAUCUUGGUCAGCAAAUACACACAAGAAAUAAGUUAAUCACAAAACACUGUUGAUCACAAAGCUAAAACAUAGACUACAAGAUUUUAAACUAUAUGUGGAAUAGUAUAAAAAAGACUAAAUAAAUAACAGUAUCCAAAAAUAUCUAAAGACUUAUAGACUAAUAAAGUUAUGUAAAAGCAAACGAAGAACAUGACCUUUGAAAUCUUAUUAAGAUAGACAGCAGAUAAAGAGCUCUGUAUAUGGAUAUUUAUGUUACUGGGAGGCAGAGUACAAACGUCCUGAAGCCAGUAAUAAAAAUUAAUUACCUAAGAGGUGCUCACGUAUUGGUUCAGUACAGUAUGUUUAUUUAUUUCUUAGUUAUUCAUGUCACAACAGAGUUCAAAUCCUACUUGAAUAAUUUUGGAAAGAUCUGUACUACAGAUACUGCUCAAGUUGUUUCCGUUCUUCACUGAGGGACUGUUCAUUACUUAUGAGGGGGUGGUGCAAAAUGGGGGAGGCAUGUCAAAGUUGUUUUUAAGAACUGGAAAGAGGGUUUUUGGGUUGAGGAAAGGACACAAAACUUUAAAUAGUUGUAUUUUAUAUCAAUUCAAGCACCAUCUCAACCUCAAAACCUGCCGACAGGUUUCCUUUAAAAGUAGCCAAAAUCACACCAUUUAUCUUAGACAGAAACUAAUAAAAACUGUGAACACAUCUUGUGCGAUGAGUGCAUCAGCCAGGAAACAUAAUCAAAUCUCAGCUUAAAGGUAGGGUCUGGAGGAUUUUCCACUUGCUGUUUGUAAACACACAUUCAAAUUCGGCCCCUCCUAUCAGGCUCAACUCUCCCGGGUGUACGGAGCCCAGAGGUAUGGAAGAAGGCUUCACAGAAGAGGUUCAGGCAAGGCUCGUGCUGGUGCACGCUCGGACACGCUCGGGCACGGCACCUGUGCUCUCUCAUUGGCUGGGGAAAUCUCCGCCCAGAAGCGGUCCGAGCUCACAAAAACAUCAAAAUACAGUUAAAGGGCAGAAGCUCUGCAAACAGAGUCACCACCACACAUGAGUAGAAGCCCAUAGGUGAUGAUUAAGCAGGAUUUCAUUUUUUAUGUGUCUAUAUUUUGUUUUGUCUGAAAAUCCUCCAGAUCCUACCUUUAAAACAGUGAUAUUAAAAGUGAUAUCAAAAAUAAACUCAAAACACACCUUUUUGCAUCUGCCUUUAACAUCACAUAGUCUCUGUCCUUACAUACUACAUCAUGGUUAUCUACUACUACUCAGUCAUUGUGCACAUCAGUUUAUGUUUAGUUUUUUAUAUAUACAAGUGCCAAUGUUAUUUUUAUUUUGUUUUGUUUUUUGCUCUGUUUUCAUUUUGGUUUUUUUGUUUAUUUUGUUCUACAUAGUCAUUUCACUUGUUUUUAUAUAUUUUAUUUGUUGUGUUAUUUGUAAUUUGCUUAUGUGUUUUUAUGUACAGCCCAUUAAGGCAUUUUUUGUG